CGAUAAAAUGGCACAAAAUCGUUUUUGUUGAACCAGGUUUACUGGUUUCUUCAAUCCAUGCUCUAUUGUCGGAGCGCGAGGCUCAUUGUCGACCGCCUGACAGCUCCAGUCUCGCUCUCUCUCCAUCGACCACCCUCCUUACCGUAUUCUAUCUUCAUCGCCUGUUGGCUAUCCCUUCGCACAUUGUCUUUCAUGGCGCAUCCUCGUAGCGAAGACCUGUUCGAAUAUACCGCAGGGCAUUGGCUUGUCAACGAUGCGCAUCGCCGCGAAGCGCUCAGACUACAGUUCGAUGUCGGCGAACUAUGUCGACUUGCAGCAGAGUCCGUCGGUCGAUGCUCUGACGGUGUCCGCCUGGAAAUUGGACCUAAGCGAACGCCGAGCAGUGUGUCCGAUUGCAAUUCCACACGCCUCUUGACAACUAUGGAUCAUGAAAGAGAAGCGAGAGGGACUCACGUCUACCGCCGCAAAGCAAUAGUGCACCCGGCUCCUUUCUCUCGUCAAGUGUAGCGUCUGGGUCUGCAAAUUUGGCUAAGAUAUCACCCCCUCUUUCACACUGAGUCCCUCUCUAUCGCUCUCCGAACCACUGUCACUCUCCUCAUCGUCCUCAUCCAUCCCAUCCUCCACCAGCGAAGCACUCCCAUUCUCAGUACCGAGGGCCGCGCCGUCGUUAUCGUGCGCUUGUUGAGACACGCUAGUUGACUAGAUGGCCAGCCGGAGUGGCAGGAAGAGGAGGUGUGGCCGAAAAGUCAGUCCUACCGAACUUACGCCUACUUACGCAGUCGUUCCGUAAACAUCGGAGGGCGGUAAUAUAUCAACG